AUGACAUCAUUAAAGUUUCAUCCAACAUCAGAUAUUCUCACUGACUCCAUAGUUCCUGCAAACUCCAGUGGCAACGCCAUAGGUGGCUCUUUCUUCGCCUUCACUGGAAUGCGUAAAUCAUUUUAUGAAUUCCCCCCAAACUUCACGGUGACUAAAGCCACUGUUAAAGAGUUUCCAGCUUUGGACGGCCAGAGUGUCUCUUAUGCUUUGAUAAAAUAUCCAGCAGCAUCCAUUAACCCGCCUCACACACACCCGCGUUCAGCUGAGCUGCUCUUUGUGGUGGAUGGAAUUCUAAAUGUUGGUUUUGUUGACAACACAAACAAGCUUUACACACAGACCUUGCAGCUCGGUGACAUCUUUGUAUUCCCGAAGGGAAUGGUGCAUUAUCAGUCGAAUGAUGAUCCGAAGAAACCCGCCGCCGCGAUUGCCGCCUUUUGCAGUGCUAAUGCAGGCACGGUUUCGGUUCCUUUGAGUGUUUUUGCUACUGGCAUUGAUGAUGUUGUCCUUGCCAAGGCUUUCAAAACUGAUGUUGCAACCAUCAAGAAGCUCAAGGCUGGCCUUGCAUGGCAGGCUUAA